GACGAGGUCGGUAAGGUUUUUUUCUACAUCGAAAAAGGAAGCUUUUAUUCGAUAUUUGCAAGCGUACUAUGAGUAGUGUACAGAUUCAGAAUGGAACGGGUCUAGAGCAGCAGUUUGCUGGUCUGGACUUGAAGCAAGGCGGCCACUUUGUCGCUCCUGGAGGAAGUCGUUAUGUGCCUCCUCACCUGAGAUCUAGCAGGGGUCCAGGAUCUGAAGAUAAACCGUUUUCUGUCCCACAAGAUAGAGCAGAUAUCCCAAACGAACGUGAUUUUAACAAAGAAGCUGGUCGGGGUUAUACCCAAGCAACAAAUUCCUAUAGAGGUGGCAGUGCCCAACGUGGAGUGCCCAGCGCAGCUGGUGGUGGUUACCCCAGACGUGGUGGAUUCAAUGGAGGUGGAGCGAGUUACAGUGCUAGGCCUCCCCAAAGAUGGGAGGGAGAAUAUGAGAAUGGUGGAGGCUGGAAUGGAGGUCCUCAGCCACCUCAAUGGAAUGCUGAUGCUCCUCCACCUGUCAUUACAAAUGAACGUUGGCAAGAGCCACCACCCCCAGCUGGUCAAUGGAUGGCCAAUGAUCGCUGGAAAGAACCCCAAAGGGGUGCGACGACGACCGGCAGCCGCGGCGGCGGUUACGGAAAUCCUCGUUGGAAAGAAUCUAGCGAAUCCGAUUGGACUACGCUUACUGCCAAAGAUGAUCGAGUAGAACUGGAAAUGUUUGGCACGGGCAACUCCGGCAUUAACUUCGAUAAAUAUGAAGAUAUUCCCGUGGAGGCGACGGGAAAUGACGUACCGUCUCACAUCAACACGUUUGAAGACGUCAAGUUGACUGAGAUCAUCCGCUCGAAUAUUGCUUUGACUCGCUACGAUAAGCCGACGCCUGUCCAGAAAUACGCGAUUCCGAUUAUUCUGGCACGCCGUGAUGUCAUGGCUUGCGCCCAGACUGGCUCAGGCAAGACAGCAGCGUUCUUGGUUCCGAUAUUGAACCAGUUAUUUGAACGUGGACCCGUGGUAAGUGCUGCUGCUGGACAACGCUCAUACGCCCGUCGCAAGCAGUACCCGCUGGCUCUGGUUCUAGCACCCACUCGCGAGCUGGCCACGCAAAUCUACGAUGAAGCCAAGAAAUUCGCCUACCGAUCCCGUGUCCGACCAUGCGUGGUGUAUGGCGGUGCCGAUGUGCGUCAACAGAUGCAGGACUUGGAACGAGGCUGCCACUUAUUGGUUGCCACUCCCGGCCGUCUUGUAGACAUGUUGGAACGUGGCAAGAUUGGCCUUGAGCACUGCAACUUCUUGGUGUUGGAUGAGGCUGACAGAAUGUUGGACAUGGGUUUCGAGCCCCAAAUUCGUCGCAUCGUUGAACAAGACACUAUGCCUAAAACUGGAGAGCGCCAGACACUCAUGUUUUCGGCUACGUUCCCAAAAGAGAUCCAGAUGCUUGCGCGCGACUUCUUAGAAAAUUACAUUUUCUUGGCAGUUGGACGCGUCGGCUCGACUUCAGAAAACAUUACGCAAAAGAUCGUAUGGGUGGAAGAACAUGACAAGCGUUCUUUCCUUCUCGAUUUGCUAAAUGCUUCUGGUCUCAACAAAUUCAACGGUCAAGUUGAUAGCGAUACGACAGAGCACGAGCAGCUGACGCUGGUUUUCGUCGAAACAAAACGUGGAGCUGAUGCGCUGGAAGAGUUUCUGUACCGUGACGGAUAUCCGGUGACAUCAAUCCACGGCGAUCGCAGUCAACGUGAACGUGAAGAUGCGCUCAAACGAUUCCGUUCGGGCAAGACGCCUAUACUCGUGGCUACAGCUGUUGCUGCCCGUGGCCUUGAUAUCCCCCACGUUAAACACGUCAUUAAUUUCGACCUUCCCUCGGAUGUCGAAGAAUACGUUCAUCGCAUUGGUCGUACCGGCCGAAUGGGCAAUCUCGGCGUGGCCACUUCGUUUUUCAAUGACAAGAACCGCAAUCUGAUUCGUGAUUUGGUCGAAUUGAUCAUUGAGACGAAGCAGGAACUACCUUCGUGGCUUGAAGGCAUGGCCAUGGACAUGAAGCACCAAUCUGGCGGAUUGAACCGUCGUGGUGGUGGUGGAAGAGGAGGCGGGCGAUUCUCUGGUGGUUUUGGAUCUCGAGAUUACCGCACGUCGCAGACGACUACCGGUGGCAGCACACGUCCUGGUGGCUCUGUUGGCGGUCCACGUACCAGUGGCGGCGGAUCCUACCCCAACUACAGUGCCCCACCUCCCAAUCACGUUGUUCGGAUGGCGCCCAUGCCUUCUAUGCCAAUUUUCACAGGAGGAUAUGGCGGCUAUGCUCCAAGCGGCUACGGCUAUGCACCGCCUCACGCUCAUCACGCCGCCCCCGACUGGUGGGGCCAGUAAAAGAAAGUAGAAGAAAAAACCUCGACGGCGACUACAUUUUGUUGGAGAAAAUGAAAAAACAAAAAACAAAGAGAGCAACCCUGGAUGCGUCGUUCUUUCUCGAUACGGGACGAUGGAAACGAGGUUGGUCUGACAAAUGCCGAGAAAAGCUCUUUUUCUCAAAAACAACUUCGACGUUGGUAGUGAUUUAGAAUUAUUUUUCGUCCUCUUUUUUCCUCCCCUUUACACUUCUCUUUUGAACUCUAUAAUAUUUCCCGUCUCAAUGGUUUUUUUUUUCUCUUUUUUUUUUAGGGUACUCGUAAUAGUCUUCUAUUUGCAGCACUAUUUACUAUCCUAAAAAAAAAAAAUUCCCUUCCCUCUUUUUUAUGCAAACAAAUUAUUCUAAAAUGUAUCGUACGCCGCCGCUCUGCUCUCUUUUUGCCGUCCCUUCAGGUGGAUGUCCGCGUGUGAUACCCUCUGCACAAUGAUGGCAUUACUCGCACGUGACGUCCUUUUGACAAAAGAAAAAUCGUUUGGGAGGGACGCGUUUAACAGGUCCUAGCCUUCCUACCCCACCCCGUUUAUAUUUCACUUCCUUACUACCGUAGUUUAAAGACGAAACAAAAUAAUUUUUUUGAUUUUGGCACACGCAGAUGUUGAAUCCCAGUUAAAUAUCGCCAAGGUUUCAAAAUUUUUUUUUUUUUUUCUCCUCUAUAUCUAUUUUUUUUUUUCUAUCACUUGAAAGAGACGAGUUGCAGUUUCGACCACUGAUGGGCUUUUCUCAAGAUGUAAUUUUUUGAGAUCAAGACGGCUGUUAAAAAAAGAAAGCGACGAACUACUACUACUACUGCUAGGGGAAAAAUUAUAAUUAUCUUUUUUUUUUUUUUUUGGUUCUUUUUCUAACGAAACGUAAGCACAUUGUGUACCACGGGUGUCGUGCCUAGAAGAAUAAGAAGUUCAGAAAAGGCUAGGCCAGGCUGGGUUUUCGCUCUAGGUGAAUAAUAUCGUUUGUGUCUUAUUCCCCAAUCGUCACCUCGCGUCCGUAAUAAUAAGAUCUUUAAUUAUUAGUAUUUUUUUUUUUUUUUCAUUUCUUUUCUCGUGUGUGUGAUGCAAACCUUAAGUAACUCCCUUGAAUUUGUUUUAUCGAAACCACUCGAGACUGCGAAUUCUUUAAUGCGUUCUUUAAUCGAACAUUUUGGCAUGGUUAACUUAAAA